AAACACGCGACGCCACUCGAUACGAUCAUUUUCGGCUACCUUGUGGACGGCGAAUCCAUUUUGCCAUGAUACACCUCUUUUGAGCGCCCCCCCCCCCCUUUGCGCGUCUAUGCGACACCCAGACUAGUCCCUUGCCGAGGGACUCCUCCUUGUCGCAAACUUCGUUCCCCUUGCGCCGCCGCUGCCUCCAUCGACCCAUCUCCUUCCUUCCUGCCGCUGCCAUGGGAGCCUGCUCAUCGUGCCUGGGUGGCCGUCGAAGGGAUUCUGUCCAAGAAGACGAAGAAUCGCGCCUCCUCUUCGAUGACCCGAACGUGAUGCAGUAUGGCAGCUUCGGAGAGCAGCAGAUGACAGGGCAGCAUGACCCCCUGGAGGCCCAACGAGAGAUUGAAGCUCUGCAGCGGGUCGUUGCCCAAACUUCCGACAACAUGGUGGACAUCUUCGAGAUAGCGCCGACCAAGGAUGCACAACGCAGCGCGCCUACCACACCCUACGCUCUUGUGGGUCAGGAAGCACGUCACAUGCGGUACAGGUCCCUACUCUCCAAACUCAGCGCCGAAGACGUCUCGGCAGCCGGAGCCCGCGUGGACUGGCUCGCGGAUGACGACGAGGAGGCUCUGGACCAGCACAAUAUAAUUCCACAUGUCAAGACCGAAUCCAGCGACGCGCUGGUCGGCAACUUUAGUGAAGCAGCUUCUGCCAUGGCAUAACAUUGCGGGGCUAGGGGCCCCUCGACUUGGUGCAUCGUGCAUCGUGCAUCAGUCCCGGUUCCCCCUCCCACAUUCCAACCAUACGUCCCGCGGGUCGCGGACGACGUAUCACAUCCAAUCACUUGGCUCUCGACUUUCCUUGCUUGUUUUGUUCCAGCCUCUUAAUCCCUGGCUGACAUCAUAGUUACGGGGUCAUAUGACUUCCACGUGCUGCACCUCUCCGGCGGUGCUGCUCAAUGAGAUCACCCGGCAUCGGGGAGUUUGGUGGUCCCUUCUGGACCACGUCGAAGGGGACUGAUGGCAAAGGGUUGAGACCCACCGUCUGAUAUCAAGCGCGCCAAGCAGACAUAAAAUAUUUGCACAGUAUGUGUUUAUGUACUAGGGCGAUCAACGAGAGAGAGAGAGCCGCAUGAUGUCAGCCUUUAAUAAAUUCCAUCGUUUAAACCAG